AUGUCUCACUCUACUGUUCACGUUUCCGGCAUCUCGCCCGCAACCUCCGAGAAGGAGGUUCGCGACUUCUUCAGCUUCUGCGGCAAGAUUGUCACUCUCUCCAUCACACCCGUCUCCGGCGAGGCAGACGCCAACAAGUCCGCAACUGUGACUUUCGAAAAGGAAGCCGCCGCUAAGACCGCCCUCCUCCUCGACCAGACCCAACUCGGCACUUCUGCCGUGCACGUCGAAGCCGCCUCCAACAUCGACGACCUAGCUGGUCCCUCAGCUACAGAAGUCGAAACUAAGGGCGAGGAGCACGAAAUCGCCCAGGAAGACAAGCCCCGCUCGCGCAUCGUCGCCGAGUACCUUGCUCACGGCUACGUUCUCAGCGAUAACGCCAUCACCCGCGCGAUUGACCUGGACCAGAAGCACGGAUUCUCCUCUCGAUUCACCACCGCUCUGGGCGACUUCGACAAGAAGUUCAACGCUACCGAGCGUGCAAAGGGUCUCGAUAACAACUACCAGAUCUCCGAGAAGGCCGCUUCAGGCUGGCGCGGACUGAGCCACUACUUUGAGAAGGCUCUCGAGCACCCCCAUGGCCAGAAGCUGCGUGGAUUCUACACUCAGACCGAUAAGCAGAUUCGCGAUAUCCAUAACGAGGCUCGCCGUCUCGCGGACUUGAAGCAGGGUAAGACUGAUGCCUCUGCCACUGAGCCUGUCGCUGUUCCGUCCCAGCCUGAGGCUGCUGCUGCCCCUGUUGAUCCCAAGGCUUAA